UGAAGCGGCUGCACAUUUUGAGCGGCUGGUGAGAAGUGGUGACUUCAUAUGAACGGAAACUACCUUCAGCCGGGCAUAGUUCCGUUAGCGGAACGAGGAGAACACGCGGAUGGAUUAACCGAGGGUUGUUCUUUAAAUUUGCACUUUGGCAAUACUUGUUGUAGUGACAUCUAUUUACGGUGAUGUAAAAUCAAUACGCCUCGGCUGGUUAUUUGUAAUUGUUAUGUUGGAAACCACCGCAGAGACUGCAGCGCUUUGCACAGCCAGACGCACAGCCAGACGCACAGCCAGUCCUUCCUGGCAAAGGAGUCGUUUCCCCAUUUGAAGUCACUUAUUUAUAGUCCUUGGCUUUAGGCUACUCAUUGCUUUUGGCACUAUAGUAUAAUGUACAAGGAAAACUCCGGGGUGACUAUGCUGGAAAAUGGGAAUGAACAAGAGAAACCUCUCCAAGCGCCCAGGGCAGAACCAGACCCGGACACACCAGAGUCCGGGCUGGACGCCCCUUUUGGAACUGACAAAAAGGACACUAAUGAAUCCGAGUCCACACGCUUUCCUUUGCCUAUUUAUACCAAACUGGAGAUCAAGCGGAACGCGGUGACGGAUGACUACAAGAUCUCCACCCAGGUGCUGGGACUGGGGAUCAACGGAAAGGUCCUGCAGUGCUACAACAAGAAGACUGGGGAGAAGUGCGCGCUGAAGAUCCUCUACGACAGCCCCAAGUCCCGGCGGGAGGUAGAGCUGCACUGGCACGUGUCGGGGGGACCCCACAUCGUACGCAUUCUCAGCCUCUACGAGAACAUGCACCACGGCAAGAAGUGCCUCCUUAUCAUCAUGGAGUGCAUGCAGGAAGGCGAGCUGUUCAGUCGGAUCCAGGCCAGAGGCGACCAAGCCUUCACAGAGAAAGAGGCCAGUGAGAUUAUGAGGGACAUCGGGGCAGCUAUUGAAUUCCUACACAACUUAAACAUUGCACACAGAGACAUUAAGCCGGAGAACUUGCUCUACACCACAGAGCAUGGCAGUGGAAUCCUUAAGCUGACAGACUUUGGCUUUGCCAAGGAGACCACCCUGCACAACGCCCUGCAGACCCCCUGCUACACACCCUACUACGUGGCUCCUGAGGUCUUGGGGCCUGAGAAAUACGAUAAAUCAUGUGACAUGUGGUCUCUGGGUGUCAUCAUGUACAUCUUGUUGUGCGGCUUCCCUCCGUUCUACUCCAACACGGGCCAGGCCAUCUCCCCGGGCAUGAAGAGGAGGAUCCGGAUGGGCCAGUACGAGUUCCCCAACCCCGAGUGGGGUGAGGUGUCCCAGCAAGCCAAAGAUUUGAUCCAUCAGCUGCUGAAGACGGACCCUAACGAAAGGAUGACCAUCACCCAGUUCAUGAACCAGCCCUGGAUCAACCAGUCUAUGGUGGUACCCUCCACGCCGCUUCACACCACGCGGGUCCUCACCGAAGACAAGGAGAUGUGGGACGACGUCAAGGAGGAGAUGACCAGUGCGUUGGCCACAAUGCGCGUGGACUACGACCAGGUGAAGAUCAAGGACCUGGACACCUCCAGCAACCCGCUGCUCAACAAGCGGCGCAAGAAGGCCGCAGCUGGCGCCAAAGGGGGCGGAGGCAACGUCUGCCAAAGCCAGUGACCGGAGACCAAGAAGAAAAAGAAGAGGAAGAAGCAGGAGGGACCUAGGCCUGUCCCAGACUUAAGGAGGAGGGGGAGGAAGAGGGUUUGGAAGAGGAGAGGCUCUUUUGGAGAACAACAGCCGCCGCGAAUAAUGGACGACUGCUGGCCUGUUGGCAGAAUGUCACCACACCGGUUCUCCUCCACCCAGUCCUGAAUAUCAGCAGGCUUGAUUGUAGUUAGCCUUUUUACAUAAAAAGCUUUUUUUGUAUCUGUGUGUGUGUGUGUGUUUGGCAAGAGAGUGCUUUUUUAAAGGACAAGUUAAUACCUUAUUGAUGGAAGACGGGAACGUCAGGUUUGUAAUAGUGUGCAUAUGUGACUUGAUUCACUAUUUCAGGUUUAGGAUCCUUCCCAUGCAAUAACGGUACAAAUAUGUUAGACUUGCACAUGUUCGCACACACACACACACACACACACACACACACACACACACACACACACACACACACACACACACACACA